UCACGUGACACAACAUAACUACUUUUUGAAACAGUAACGAAGACAUAAAGAACUUGUAUAAUACGAAGGAACAUAAAAGAACCUCAUUAUAAACAUUUGUGGAUUUCCUCGUUGUCGCAAUAAAAGGCUAAUUAUGAAUUUCCAUAAUCUAAGAAUUGUUAAUCCAGGGCUAUCUGGCAGACAUGCAUGAAUGAAUAUAUCAACACUUGAAGGCUCGAUCAUCGUUGUAAUCAAGCAUCAAGAUGGCGAGCCCUCUUCUGGAGUAUGAGACGGAGAUGUUUCUGAGUCUGUUCACCUCGGACGGGCUCCUGAUCACAUCUGAGGGUCUCGGUAUUGACAGAUUACUGCUACACUUUAUGAAGCUGUAUUCAGAGGAGGGCAGUCUGGUUCUGCUUCUGAACGCAACUACCCCUGAACAGGAGUAUUUCACAGAAAAGUUGCGAGCUGAAGGGGUGAGCCAUCUUCCCCAGACCGUGACCAGCGAUGUCCAGAGCAGUGAAAGAUAUAACGUGUACACCAGAGGAGGCGUUCUGUUUGUUACAAGUCGUAUACUGGUGGUGGACUUCCUUACAGACAGAAUUCCUGCUAAUCUUAUAACAGGAAUCCUGGUGUACCGUGCCCAUAAGAUCAUCGAAUCAUGUCAGGAGGCUUUCAUUUUGAGACUCUAUCGGCAAAAAAACAAGACAGGAUUCAUCAAGGCCUUUACAGAUAAGGCGACGUCCUUCUCUUCUGGUUUCUGUCAGGUUGAGCGGGUGAUGAGAAAUCUGUUUGUGAAGAAACUCUUUCUCUGGCCAAGAUUUCAAGCAUCAGUCAACACAACACUGGACAAACACAAGCCGGAUGUGGUGGAGUUGCAUGUGUCUAUGACUCCAGCGAUGAGAGCUAUCCAGAGCUCUAUUAUGGACAUCAUGAACGCCUGCCUGAAGGAGUUAAAGCGCUAUAAUCCCACGCUGGAAGCAGAAGAUUUGUCGCUGGAGAAUGCUCUGGGCACUUCUUUCGAGAAAAUAGUCCGCCAUUACCUCAACCCAUUGUGGCAUCAGCUGGGCUCCAGGACCAAAUCUCUAGUUCAGGACUUGAAGAUUUUAAGAACCCUUCUUCUCUACCUCACUCAGUACGAUUGCGUCACAUUUCUCAAUCUGCUGGAGUCUUUGAGAACCAGCCAGAAAAGCUUUGGUAGUAAUUCAGGCUGGUUGUUCCUGGACUCUAGCAUGUCAAUGUUUGUAAAUGCUCGCAGUCGGGUGUAUCGCAUUCAAGAGGCAAAGAAGAAACUGAAAGUUGGAGGGAUUGAGCAAAAGCAAAGUGCAACAGGCCCUUCAAAAAGAGAGCUUGUACUUGAGAAAAAUCCCAAGUGGGAAGCUCUAACGGAGGUGCUACAGGAGAUUGAGAAGGAGAACAACAGCUCUGAGCAUGAACCAGGCCGUGUGUUGAUAUGCGCCAGUGAUGACAGAACCUGUGCUCAGCUGAAGGAAUAUAUCCAAAAAGGUGCAGAUCACCUACUGAAUCGCCUUUAUGGCCGCACAAUUGGAAAAGAUGAUACCCAGCCUGCUCUGAUUAUAAAUGAGAAAGGUUGGCCAAGAAGAGCAUCCGGUAAGAUGAGCAAAGGAAAGAAUGGGCAGCCAAAAAGAGCCAAAGCCAACUCUAAGAAACCUACAAAGAUUGAGAAACAAGACGGAGCUGAGAAGGACCUGACUGGAAAAAGUGAUGAUGAAGGAGGACUGGUUGAAGUAGAGGAAGAGGAAGAAGAAGAGGUUCUACUAGAUGUUUCUUCUGAUGAUUACUAUGGGAUUCUUAAAGAGCCACUGACAGUCAUUCACCCAUUGAAAGGAUACAGUGACCCUUACAGUCUGACGCGGGUCUUGCAUGAGGUUGACCCCAUGUUUGUGGUUUUGUACGAUGCAGAACUCAGUUUUGUGCGACAGCUGGAAAUUUUUAAAGCCAGCAGACCAGGGCAACCUCUCCGGGUGUAUUUUCUUAUAUAUGGAGGCUCAACAGAAGAGCAGAGGUACCUUACAGUCCUCAACAAAGAAAAACAAGCAUUUGAGCACCUCAUAAGGGAAAAAGCCAGCAUGGUCGUGCCAGAAGAGAGAGAAGGUAGGGAGGACACCAACCUAGAUCUCGCCCGCAGUCAGGAGCCCGCCACUGCUGCUACUGACACCCGCAAAGCAGGGGGUCGUGAAGAGGUUAAAGAGCCUCAUCGAAUCAUAGUCGAUAUGAGGGAGUUCCGCAGUGAGCUUCCAUCCCUUCUGCAUCGACGGGGUCUGGACAUCGAACCUGUGACUCUAGAAGUGGGCGACUAUAUUUUGACAUCGGAUAUCUGCGUUGAGCGCAAAAGCAUCAGCGAUCUCAUUGGUUCACUGCAAAGCGGACGUCUUUACACACAGUGCCUCUCCAUGAACCGAUUCUAUCGUCAGCCCGUGCUGCUUAUCGAGUUUGACCCAGCUAAACCUUUUUCCCUGGUGGCCCGGAGCGACCUGCGUCAGGAGAUCUCCGCCAAUGAUGUCACGUCCAAAUUGACCCUUCUCACACUUCAUUUCCCUCGUCUGAGACUGCUCUGGUGCCCGUCGCCCCACGUUACAGCAGAGCUGUUCCAGGAGCUCAAACACGGCCGCGAGGAACCUGACGCUGCUGCGGCUCAGGCCAUCACGGCGGAGUCGGAUACUGUGAUAGAGUCCGCAGAUCUGUACAACCCCGGGCCGUACGACUUCUUGCUCCGAAUGCCUGGAGUCAAUGUGAAAAACUUUAAAAGUCUUCUAAAACAUGCUUCCUGUCUGGCUAAUCUUGUGACAUUUAGUCAGGAAAAGCUAAGUGAGAUAUUGGGCAGUACCAGCAAUGCAAGACAGCUUUAUGAAUUUAUUCACAAUCCAAUGGAUAUAGUGCCUGUCCAGAGAAACAGGUUUUAAAGGAGCAUUUGAAUUUGUGGAGUAAUCUCAGGUUUGUUUCAGAUUUGGAAAUUGUGCCAACAAUUCAAGAAUGUCUAGCUUUGAAUUGUAUUUAUUAUAAAAUGCUUGUAUCACGUGCAUUGAAUGAAUUGCUAUUGUAUAUUUUAAAAGCAUUUAAGCUGUAGUUGUGUAUUGAAGAUAACAAUGUUUAAUGCAAUUGUUUGCUGCCUCAUUUUGUCUUUGAAAGUUUUUUGUAAGAUGUUAAAAUGAUAGUGAUUUAAAUUAAUUAUUUUUGUGUGACUUUAAAUAAAAUGUUAAUGUUA